CACUUAAGUUACCUGAUAACACAUUUAGCAAGCAAUGAAUUCAAUUGUCAACUGAGCAUCUCUAAGGAUACACACAUAUACAUAUUUUGCAAUUUUUACUAUUAUCAAACACAACACAAAAUAAUAUUUCAUCAUGACUGUCACGCAUCUGAUCUUGAGACGGUUGACUAUCGUUUUUACGAUUGAUAUCAUCAUCACAAUAGUAAAGAUGAUGGUUUGGUCCACCUUCUACAUCGGAAUGGGCAUAAACGAACGGUAUCAAUUAGAGGAAGGUGACAUUGACGAUGACUCAGUUUUCAUCGAACACAACGGCUAUUUCAAAAUUGGUUUAUGCAUCCUGGUUCUUGCUUCUAUGAAACUGCUGCAUUGUUCUUCAAGUCGUAGAAAAAAUCUUAGAAGUUAUGACACAGCUGAGAGGAAAAGAUACAAUUUUUGGUCGGGAUGGAUUGUCUACGGAUUUUGUCUUUCGGUUGUGAAUUUGUUGGCAACUCUUUUAGUCGCCGGGAUCGAUAGUCUCAUCCUUAGUGGUCAAAAUGGGGAGUGGCGAAGUCCAAUUGCUUGGACGCUUGCAUCGUUUGAGGCCUCCAUUCUACUCAAUUUCAUCCUUAAUCGAAUCCACUUGUGUCAAGCAACAAAAAAUAAUACGAGUAAUGAAGAUCGUUAAAGGUCCGGUGAUUGUGGACUUUAACUGAAGUCAUUAAAAAAUUUAUUACCUCUUACAAUCAGAUUUUAAGUGAACUUUUUGUUCAUAUGUAAUCAAAUUUUAUGAAAGUUUUUUUUAUAAAUAUUUUUUUAUUUUCCAUGAAAAUGUAAAUCCCUUGGUUUUCUGGAGUAUAAAAUUGUCUUAAGAAAAUUACAAAAUUAGUUAUAUGGAUUUUAUAACUUAUAGUGUAUUGGUUUGGUCGAAACUUAAUACCUGUUUAUACGAACAACAGGAUGUGAAUACAUUAAUAAUUUAUUGUGCGUAUAAUAAACCUUCAAAGUUUAAUGACAUUUACCGUUUUAAAUAUAUAUUGCUAAUAAAUAUUAUAUUAUGUAUUAAUUAAUAUUUAUUUUAGUAAUUCGAUGUAAAAUGUAUUUAAAUUGGAAUAAAAUUAAAUUGGCCCUUGUUAAAAAAAUAUGUACUAAAAAUUUAUGAUAAACUUUAAAUCCGAAAUGUUAGCCCAUUUAAAAUUUUACUAUUAUUUGUAAUAUGCAUACAUACUUAUUUAGAAGAAUGGAAUGAAUGCAU